CCGGCAGAAAAAAUAAUCGGGGAAACCAGCAGGCACUCCUUCCUUCCCUUUCCCAUUUGUGCAACGAUCCAGAUCUCUUCAAAGUUGAACCUUCCCUUUUCGCCUCCUAAAACCAAUAAGAUCAAUUACCCCACGCCACACGACAGCAAAUCAUACAAAAUGGGCAAGUCCACCAAGGAUUCCAAGAAGCGCUCGCGCACCGCCGAGGAGGAUGUCAACUCCAUCGCCAUCAAGAAGAGCAAGGUCGACGAGUCCGGCAAGGCCGAGGUCACCAAGGUCGAGACUGAGGCUCCCAAGGUGAAGAAGGACAAGAAGGACAAGAAGGAAAAGAAGGAAAAGAAGGAGAAGAAGUCCAAGACCGAGACCACCGAGGAGCCCGCCGCUGCCGCCGCCAAGGAGGAGAAGAAGGAAAAGAAGGACAAGAAGAAGGACAAGAAGGAGAAGAAGGACAAGAAGGAGAAGAAGGACAAGGCCGCCUCCACCACCGAGGAGUCCAAGACCGAGGAGAAGGCCGAGGAGUCCACCGACAAGAAGAGCAAGAAGAAGGACAAGAAGAAGAACAAGAACAAGACUGAGGAGAAGGCCGAGGAGAAGAAGGAGGGUGAGGACGGAGAGGAGGCCACCAAGGAGGAGGAACAGCCCCAGGCCAACGGCGCCAAGGGAACCCGCUUCAUCAUCUUCGUCGGCAACAUGCCCUACUCGGCCACCGCCGACACCAUCAAGGAGCACUUUGCGUCUGUGCACCCCAUCUCCGUCCGCCUGCUCACCCACCGCGACAACCCGACCAAGUCCAAGGGCACCGCCUUCGUCGAGUUCGGCCGUUUCGACCACAUGAAGACGGCGCUCGAGAAGUUCCACCACAGCGAGAUGUUGGACGACAAGGGCGUGCCGAGGAAGAUUAAUGUUGAGUUGAGCGCCGGCGGAGGAGGCAAAACCGCCCACCGCCAAGACAAGAUCAAGGAGAAGAACCGCAAGCUCAACGAGGAGCGUCUGAACCGCCAGCAGAACCAGGAGAAGGCCAAGCUGGAGAAGGCCGCUGCCAAGGCUAAUGCUCCUGAGGGUGCUGAUGGCGCUGCUCCUGUACCGGAGAGGAACGACGAGGAUGCUAUCCACCCUUCAAGGAGAGCGCGUGUCGCGUACGACGGUAACCCUGGUGGUGGUGAUGAUGAGGAGGAGGAUUCGUACGGUGGGGGUGGUGGUUUUGGUGGUGGUUUUGGUGGUGGUUUUGGUGGUGGUGGUCGUGGUCGUGGUGGUGGUCGUGGCCGUGGUGGUGGACGUGGUCGCGGUGGUGGUCGCGGUGGCUACAAGAAGUGGUAGUAGGACUUGCUUCUGCGACGGUUUGAGGAGCAAUGGAGUGAUGGCGGGGAAGGAUGAAAACUCUGGCUUGGCUGGUUUGAUCCGGGGUUGAGAAUUGCCGUUGGUUAGGGCUU